AUGAACGCGUGCGAGAUCCUAGGCCUGUUCGUGCGUCGGCGCGUCGUCGAUAUCUGCCUCCUCGUCGGCGCCGUGUCGGGAUGCCUCAUCGUCCUGGAGGACAACAUCUCGCAGAUGACGCCUCGGAACGCCAUACUGGCCCACGCGCUGAUUUUCCUGUGGCCGCUCGUGCUCCUGGUGCUGGUCCUGCAGACUAUGUUCAAGUUCCAGGCCUUCGUGCGCGAGGUCGUGGGGAUGUGCAGCCCAAAGCUCGCAAAGUGCUUCUCCCUUGGGUCCAACCAGUGGUCCGAACCCCUCCAGAGAUCGUGGUGGGAGAUCGCCUACUUCUGCCACGUCGCUGGGUACUCGCUGCUGGUGGUUGGCGCGCUUACGAUGCGCCUAACGGUCUUCUGGCCGACGCUCUUCACAUGGGGAUAUGAUGUGAUGACGGAUUUCUACGACCGCAUUAUGAUUAUGAAAUGUGCCCGCAAUAACACGACGCCGAUCGUAGUCGAUGUAGGCAGCAUCCAGUCUUCCUACACUAUCAACAAGGGUGAGGGCGCCACUGCGGAGCCCUCUCACGUGAGACUGGUGCUGAAGAAGCCGCCUGGCUUCCAGUAUAAGGCUGGGCAGUGGUGCCAGCUUGCGCUGCCCCAGUGUGGCUCGUACCUGAAGGCCCCCGCCUUCGCCAAGCCGCUGCUGCAGUGGCACGCCUUCUCCAUAGCGAGCGCGGAGCAGGACGACUUCCUGGAGUUCCACAUCGCGGUGCACGGCAGCCCCCACCUGCUGGCCGACGCCACGGACGUUGCUCUCGCACCCAAGAGCGAGUGCGUGGCCACCAUCUCGGAGAAGGGCAAUUGCUUCGAGUCGAUGUUCCCGCACGCUGUGCCCCACGCGGGGGAGGUGACGCGAGGAAACCGAAGAGUGGAGAGGUCGGGUGUCUACCUCAACCUGACAGGCGAGGACGGCGGCAAGACCAAGCUGCUGCGGCCCCAGCUGCAGUGGACUGGCAGAAUGUGGAACGUUGUCCAGUGGCUCCUGGAGUGCCGCGCCUCGCAUAAGGAGGUGAGCCAAGACCAGGUGGAGGUCAGCAUCAUGGGUCCGUACGGGACCAUGCCUCACACGGUCGCCGCCCACAAGGCCGUCAUGCUCAUCGGGGCCGGAGUCGGAUUUCCCAGCACGGGGGCGAUGUUGCGGCAGUUGCUCCAGGACAACCUGGAGAAGCAAGCAGACGAGCAGACUGCGGUAUGCUUCCUCUGGACGGCCACGAAGGUUGACCAGAUGCUGCUCUGCUUCCCCAGCCUCAUCGCGGACCUGACGCGGUACGUGAACAAGAGGUCGAUCGCAGAGCUAAAGAGCUGGCUCACCGUGAAGAUAUUCAUCUCUAGUUUUGAGGCUGGCGACUUCCUGGACGUCAAUCCUGGAGAUGCGCUAUUCCCGGAGAGCACGCAGAUGCAAUCGGCGCUCACGAAGGUCCGAAACUGGCUGCUCGGCCACGCGGGGGUCAAGGACGACGAGGACGGCACCUACGUCUGCCAGGGCUCGCUGGGAGCAAGCUUCGCAGACGUGCUAAGGAAGAGCGCGUUCGUGCGCGACAGGGUUGUGAAGCGGCAGAGCUCGCUCGGGGUCUGUUUCUGCGGGCCAGGCUCGCUCGGCAACUGGAUCAGGAGAGCGACCUCGCGAACACGGUCCUCCCCGUCAAGGUGGAGUACAGCGCCGAGUGUGCCGGCGACUAGGCGCGACUGCGGGCAGUUCUCGGUGUCGCAGGCGACGGGGAGCGCAGGCCUGGUGUGGGGCGACACGGCGUUGGCGGCGAGGGACGCGGGGUGCAGGUCUGAGGUGGCCCCGCCCGCGGAGCUGCCGCGUGAAGGCUAG